UUCUUUCAGAUUGUGCAAUGCUCUAUUAAAAUUGAAUUGAUCAACGAUAGCUGGACAGAGUUGCGCGGGGAAAUCGCUGGUCCACCAGAUACUCCAUAUGAGGGAGGAAAAUUUGUUUUAGAGAUUAAAGUUCCGGAAACAUAUCCAUUCAAUCCGCCUAAAGUACGAUUUAUAACAAAAAUCUGGCAUCCAAAUAUAUCCUCAGUAACUGGUGCAAUUUGCCUGGAUAUUUUGAAAGACAAUUGGGCCGCUGCAAUGACUUUACGUACCGUUUUACUGUCGCUUCAAGCUUUACUAGCUGCUGCAGAGCCGGAUGAUCCACAGGACGCAGUGGUCGCUUAUCAAUAUAAAGACAAAUAUCAGCUGUUUCUAAUGACAGCUAAGCAUUGGACAAAUGUGUACGCUGGAGGUCCACACAAUUUUACUGAGUGUGAUACAAAAAUUCAACGCUUGAAAGAUAUGGGAAUUGAUGAACAUGACGCGCGGGCUGUUUUGUCAAAAGAAAAUUGGGAUUUGGAAAAAGCGACCGAGAGCUUAUUUAGUUAGCUUCUUUUUUUAACUAAGAAUUUUCUGAGAAAUAAGAAAUUGUCAAAAAUAUUGUUUAGCGAAGUUUGAUAUUUAUUUAAAAAAUAAUUACCCAUAUGAUUGAAAAA